AUGCUCUCCUUCGAAGACGCCGCGAUCAAGACACUCAUCGAGGACCACCGUCGCGCGCUCAACGCCAUCAAUAUUGCUAACGGCUGGGGCUGCGGGCCGAUCGUAGACAACUUCUCUGGCCUGCAAGGCGUCUUUUUCUGGCUUUUAGGGAAGAAAGAUCGCACGCCGGGCGCUUAUCCGCGGGACCCUGGCGACGGCACUGAUGGCGCCACGAACGAGUAUUUCCACCCUAUCGUGCGGAUCCGCAAGAACAAUCUCAACUUCACGCCGGCGUCGUUGCAGGGAUAUAGCGUUGAGAAGCUCGAUGGUAGUACGGGGUGGAAGUGGGUGAAGAGGGGCGUGAACGCAGUGCCCGAGUAUGUGAUGAGCCCGGAGAAGAAGAUGAGUGUCGCGUACGAGGAGGGUGAAACUGUGAAGUAUCGAAUUCAGGAGAGCUUAUCGAGGUUGCUGUGUCCCACGAGCAUCCUAGUGGAUAUAGAUAAUGACAAUAGGAUAAACGGGAUCGACGGGUCGUCGGCUGAGUAA